CUGCAUGUUCUCAAGCACUAAGAUGGGGAAAACGAAGGAAGCUAAUGAUUCGAAACGAAAAAGAAAACGUGUUGCAGUGGAAUCAAGCAGCGACGAUGAUGAGAGUGAACAAGACUUAGAGGAGGUGAAUAAUAAUUUCGCAGAUAUCUGAGUUGUUCGCCAUUUCUUCAAGUGUUGGUGACAUUGGAAGUUGUUGUUUAUUUCAGGAAUUGAAGUCACUCGCUAAACGUUCGAGACCAGCGAACGAUAGUAACGCCAAGCCACAGCGAUCAGGAGAUUCAGACAGUGACUUGGACUCAUCGGAGGGAAGUGAUGAUGAGGUAAUUUAUGGCAGGAUUCUAUAAGCAACUAUUUCAUUUCGUUGUGAAUUGUUCCAAUUUUUUUUAAACCUCACGCAAUUGAAUGCGAACGAUCGAACAAUUGGAAAACUUCCCAAACAACUUGGUUCAUCAGUUUUUCAAGCCUGUAUGAGUUUGCUUUAUAAGUUAUGAUAUGGUGAAACUGCAGCUUGUUAACAACCGCCGCUGUUUAGAUUGUUUACGCUCAAUUGGUACUCGGAAAAAAUGGUAUAUGUUUAAACUUGAUCACAUCAUAUGACAUAAAGUGUAUAAUGUAUGGCUCUCCUGUUGCUGUUUUACUUUUUUUUACGGGAAAAAUCAAGAAGAGGAACAACGGUAUAACCAUUCAGCUAGAGAUCCAUGAGGGAAUUUGGAAUUAUAUUAUCAGAACAGCAAGGUUUAUGAUUGCACCAAUCACAGCUGUGUAAACCAUCCAAAUCAAAACAAAGGGUCACGGUUCUCACGGUCAUGCAUCUUAAUGCCUUGCUUAAACCUUUACACCCUAACAUCAGUAUAGAUAUUCUCCUUGUAGUUCUCUCUACAUUUCUUAAGGUGCUGAUAAGGAGAAUUGUGAAACAAUCAAGAGCUUCUUUAAUGGGUGAUCAUUAUUCUAAUUCUUGUCACCUUAAUGUUUGAUUCAGGGGUGAUAUUGUCAGGAGACAUGAGGUACUAGUUACUCUUUGGGAUCAAAGGUUUAAUAGGUGUUUUUUUAUCCAGUUAUUUGAUUUGUUAAUUCCUGUAGUGGACAAUGGAUUCUGAGAAUAGUAAAGGAAAGGCUGCAAAGGCUAAGGACAAGAAAAAAGCCAAAAAAGCUUCAUCAUCGGGUUCUUCAUCAGAAGAAAGUGGUGAAACAUCCUCUGGUGGUGAGAGUCUUUGUACUGAAGCAAAAAGGACCUUUCCUCUGUUUACAUAGCUUCAUUGAAACACAAGCGUGGCUUGAAGAAUCAAGGAAAGUUAUGCAAACCCUCAAUUGCAUCUCAUCUUAGGUUUGCAAAACUUUUGAGAGUCCUCCCUCCCUAGUGUUUAGAUGAGGCUAUGAAGACAGAAAGAAGUCCUCUAUUUCUAAAUAUAUAUAUAUAUAUAUAUAUAUAUAUAUAUAGAGAGAGAGAGAGAGAGAGGAUAUUAUAUGGGGACAAAAAGAUGUGAAUUUUAUGUUUAAGUGGCAAGAAAAAUAUAUCACAAUUGAGUGCAAGAAAUGAGAUAAUGUUUGUGCAAUUAGAACAUAACAUUCAUAUCUUUGAGCUAACAUGUAAUUUAAUUUUUAUUAUAUGGACAAUAGAUAUACAUUGUAGAGACUGAAAAGCUGGCUUUGAUACAAAUCCUGGGUAUCAAUAGAAACAAAUUACCCAAUGCCCAAGUUAUAUAUAAAAAGGUUUACAUGCACAUGUAACACUGUCAGCUAGGCCAAAAUGUUAACUGGUUUUAUAAGGUUUAUGAAAAUUUGAUCACUGACUCUGACUUGAAUCAUCAGAUACUUUAAAUUUCAACCUCUUUUUACCAUAAUCCUUUGAAGCCUGUUCAGUACAGACAGAACAAAAAUUCACCUUUGUCUUGUGCAACUUCUGAGAAAUUCCAUGAAAAUCUAAUCACUCAUAGGAGUUACAGGGUUAAGGAAUACAAUGUAAGUAGUUACUGCCUUUUUAUCAGGGUAGAACUGUUCAUUUAACUCAAACAGAGUCAUCGUCAUCAUCAUCAUCCUCAGAGGAUGAAGAGGAAGAGCAGUAUCAUGAUGAUUGGGAUGACAACCUAAUGGGAGAUGAAGCAGAUAGGGCAAGACUUGAAAAGAUGACAGAGAAAGAGCGAGAGCAGGAGAUUUUCAACCGUGUUGAGAAAAGGGAAGCUCUUAAGACUCGAUUUGAAAUUGAAAGAAAACUCCGUCUUGCAAAAAGAAAGGAGAAGAAGAAGAAACGAGAGAAGGAAAAAGCAAAUCUUGAGAAGGAAGGAAUAGCUUUUAUGGAAAAAAGAGCGAAAGAGACACAUUGAAGAGAAGAAAGCAAAAGCUUUGGAUGAUCUAAAGGCAAAGAGAUCUGAGAAAAAAGAGAAGAAAGUUGCAGAAUCUCUAGCGGACCAAAAAGCACCACAGUUUAAGACUAGUGAUGUGUUUACUGACGAUGAAGAUGACGAUGAGCAGGAGGAAAGCAAGUCAAGUUCGGGGGAAGGAUCAUACCAAGAAUCUGAUGAAGAGUAAGUACAUGGUGGCCAAGUUGGUAUCCAUGGACAUUCAGUAAUUACUAUUUUAUGUAAAAAUGGAUACAUUACUGUUUUUUUUUUUUUUUUUUCAAAUGAUAUUCUAGGCAAGGUGAGGCACAACCUCGAAGGGUGUCAGCUUUGGGAGAUCUGGAGAGGAUAAGAAUAUCACGGCACAAGCUUGAAAGGUACUGGCCUGUAUGGUGUAAAAAAAGUAAAUUGAAAUACCUUUGAAAAGAUCAUGGAAGAUAUCACUCUUGCCUUGUCUAGUACAACACAAGCAUCUUGUCUCACUGGGUAAACUCUCUCACUAGAAUCAGUGUAGAGAUCAUGGUUAAAGAAGAUUAACUUCAGAGUUUCUUUUAAACAUUGGUUUUUCAAUGCGCCCAAGAGAAAAUUGAUCUUAUCCUCGCCUCCAUCUGCUCCUGUACAUUACAUUCAGGUCCUUACAAUGUGCGUUACUUGGUAACAACAGUGCACCUUCACAACUCAAACAGCACUCCAUUCAGUUCAGGACUGGCUUGUUGUACUUGAACUUAGUGUCUUUUUAAUGUGUUUGGGAACACAUUCAAGUAACUCUGUAAGUUAAAGUAAUCAUAGGAGUAAUCAAUGGUUGGUUGUUUAUAAUUGUUAUUAUUUUUUAAACUGUUCUAAACAGAUGGGUACACAUGCCCUUCUUUGGCAAGAUAGUGAUUGGCUGUUAUGUCCGUGUUGGUAUCGGAAAUCAUGAUGCAAGACCUGUUUAUAGGGUAAGGUUUUUUUGUUUUUGCACCUGAGCAACCACACAUCAAUUAAAACAAACAAAAUAAACUAAUGCUAUAUUUAUUUAUUUUCUCUUUUUGUGAUUGAGCACUGAGUUACUGUGAGGAAGUUAGCUUGUGGGUUUGUUUAUGUUAUUGAGAUGAAGUGAAGGACACAUUAAUUUAACCUUUCAACAUAUUUAUUUAUGAUUAUGCACAAAUUUUUUCAAAAAGUUUUGAAUUUUAUUUUCCUGUUAAUAUUAUAUUCAUUAUGAUGUAAAAAAUCAUAAUCUGAACCAAAGGAAACUGCAAGUCAAACUGGUUUGAAAAAUUUCCAAUCCUAGAUAAAGAAAUUGAAUGACAACAUAGAUGGUGCUGGUACACAGCGUAUUUGCCAGCUUCUGAUGCUUUCAAGAAUUUUUAUUUUGGUGUAUCUUAGUGGGUAUGACAAUGUAAGGGUAGUUUUGAAAAGGAGCAUGUAAGAAAGACUUAUGUUUUGACCUGACAAUGACAGAGAGAGCUGGUAUACUCCUACAGAGCAGACUCCUCUCAACAGAUUUCAGUUCUGUAUUGCAGACUUUUAUUGCAGACACUACAAACUUGAUCCUUCAACUCCCAAAUCUGAUUUUAAAAUUAUCUCAUUUAGCUGCUACACUUUUCCCAACCUUGUAAAUAAGUAACAAGAAAUUGGUGCUAGAUAAAGAUGACAACUUCUAACUGAUAAGUUUGAUUAUUCUCGUUACCUGUUUGCAGCAUAAUGUAUUGAUAUUGUAAGGAGAAGUUAAGUAUAUAUCACUUCAGACAGUGAAAUGGUUAAAAAACUUUUCUUUCUAACUGAUGGGUUCAAACUAACCAAUUACAACCAAUAAACAUUAAUUACAGCCACUUAUAAAAUGGGUAUUUUUCAUUCCAGGUAGCAGAGAUAAGAGAUGUGGUGGAAACAGCCAAGAUAUACUCUUUGGGAAGUACAAAAACAAAUAAAGGAUUGAAGUUGAAGUAUGUUAGUUGAGAAUUUAAGUGUUCAAUUUAUAAGAUGAUGUAGUUGAGUUUUUACCAGUUCUCCAUAUGGAUGACUAAAAUCCCUUCAGUUUGUUGUGAACUUUUCCUCUCUAAAAUAAUGUUACAAGAAAUAAAGGUUAAUGGUUCUCUCUUCCUUUUACUCAAUAGACAUGGCAACCAGGAAAGGGUGUUUAGAUUAGAGUUUGUGUCAAAUCAGAGAUUCACAGAAACGGAAUUUGCCAGGUGGAAAGAAGAGGUAACUUAGGGUCAAUCUCUCCAUUCUUUUUCAGGCAACUUACUUAAUUUUACCAUCAUGUUGAACUUUUGGGGCAACUUCAAAUCAUGUUUAUCUGACUCCAACUUCCACUUGACAGUUGGAUUGUGGGAAGGUGACAAAGGACAAUCGGUGAUGCAUGCCCCUCUCCUUUAGGAACUGCUGUGUAGCCACGGUGCCGUCAGGUGGCACAUUCAUUUGGGAUGUCAUAGGUGGCAAAAGUACAUUGCAGACACUCUAUCAGGCCAUUAGAGCCCUCCUGUCCAAGUUUGAGUUUCCCUCAGAGUUACACUAGGGGUAUGUGACCAAAAAUUUGCAAACACCUGCUUUGCAGCAAAGGCGGGCAUAUUAUUGAGGUGCACCCAAGCAACCAUUGUGCUUUUUCUCCCGUACAGUGAGUUUCCUAAUUGCUUCCAUCACCUCAAGGGCAGUCAUAGAACAUAAAACAAGAACAAUGUGGUCUGAUAAACUAGUACCAGGCCCCUAUUGUGCAUAUAAAACUUAGUGUCCAGUCCUCAUUAUGUAGUUGUGUUCUUCUCUUAAAGAUGUAUGAAAAAACUAAAAUACGUUAAUUUAGUUUCAAUAAAGCAGGAACAGUAAUAAACUAAACAAAUGAGCAAGACAAUUCCUCCUUUGUUGUUCUUUUACGUUUGCCUUUUAAUGAUGUGAAUGAUUCUAUUUGUCAUUUAUGAACAGUGUGAAUCUCAUGACAUUCCUUUACCAACACUUGAGGAGGUGGACACCAAAGCUAAACAAUUCAAUGAAGCACAGCAUUACAUGUAUAAUGAAGAGGAUAUUGACAAGGUAUGAAAACUAAGAGAGACUAGCUUAACCCUUUAACUCCCAGAAGUGAUUAAGAUGUAAAUUCUCCCUUUAAUAUCCAUAUGUUAUCCAGCAAACAGGUAUUGAGAAUACUCAAACUCAUCAAGUAGGAGGUUUCAUCUUGAUCUAACACCAAAUUCAUGUCUUCCCUCUAAAGGGUAUACUCUGCACUCAGUAAUUCAACAUAAUUAUUUAUAACAACAUUGGUAACUUUUUUUUGAGCACAGUACUUUGGAUUUACUAGAAAUUUCCACCUUGCUUUAAAUUUAGGCUUUUUUUGUGUGACAAAAAUUUGUCAUCAUUUUUUGUUUCAUAAACCAAGACAGUGCUUAAUUUAUGGUCUUUUUAUUUGCUGCACUGAUGACAGAUUGUUGCAGAGAAACAGAAAUUCAGGAAAACACCCUUUAAUUACGCUCAGAAGAAGAAUCAUUUAAUGCGAUCAAAGGUUUGUAAAAUAUCUAUUAAAAACUUUUAGUACAAGUAGCUCAGUCACAUUCAAACACCAAGUUAAACUCAUCAAGAAAAGAUGACUUUGGGAGACUUGGGAAGGAGGGAGCUUAGUUUUAAAAGGUAGCCAUGGUAAACAUGUGGGUAUAACCAAUCAGAACCAUCACAGUGAGUGAUUCAGUGGGAAAGAGCAAUUUUCAAUAAAGUGUCAAAAGUAAUCCAGAAUUGCUUUGUCUAUACUUUACUUCUACCACUGACUUCCUUAAUCAGUCAUAAUCAAAACUAAAAUCAAUCAUAACUUGGUCAUGUCCAUUUUCCUGAGCUCCAGGCAGUUUGCUUGAUUUUAUUUCAUGUUCUUAUUGGCUCUUCAAGAUAUUUUCCUGGUUGUGAUUGGCUGCUGUGAUUGUAUUAGUUUUCAUUUUAGUUUUACAACAACCAAUUGAAAAUCACCAUACAUACUGAAUCUCACAAUAACCUACAUUGUGGGUGCAAGGAGUCAGAGAACAUUCUGCUGGCUGGUUUUUACCAUGAAUUUGGGAUGAUCCAUAAAGAUUAGGCAAGGAAAGCUAAAUUAUCUAAUUCCAUGUAUCUUCCUCUCUGAUCUCAAUGGUCACCUUGCACAAUAUCUGCCUGACAGUCACAGCCAGUCAUAAGUUGAUAUUCACAAGUGAAGUGAUGUGGAAGGAAUGAUUUUCAUAAUAAUUUUAUCUCAUUUAAUUUACUUUUGAUGUAAGGGAAUGAUGUGAAUUUGAUUUCUCCAUAGUAGUGCUUGUUUUGUAAUCGUUUUCACUGCAUGCAAACAAGGAAAAGUGGGUUAACAGCACUUAUUUAUUUUCUUUUAUGGGUAACAGGAAAUAGCAGAACAGAAGGGGAACUUGGAAGAAGCAGAAAAAUUGCGUGGUGAACUGGAUGACUUGGAAGAGAAAGCACAACAACUUGACAAAGUGCGGUCUAAAAACCUUAGUGCUAUCAGGUAAAGGGUAACCUUCUGCUGUGUUUUGCAAAUUGAGACAAAACUACCCUGUGUUGUACAUGCAGUUCACUUUUAGUUGUUUGAUUUUGGUUUCUUGCUUUUCAGAGAUUUACAUACUGGUAUUUUGUUGUUUCCUUCAAUUUUGCCUGAUAUUUCAGGCAAUGUUAUUCACCCUAUGUUCAUGCUUCCAAUUUUAACUUUCAUUCACAAAUUAUGUAGAGCCUGCACAACCACUUUUUGAAAAACCAGCCCAAUACCUUAGGGUGGAUGUCCUUAAGUUAGUCUAAAGGAUAGGAUGUUACAUCAAAAUAUAUUCUUAGCUUCUUCUUGAGAUGAGUGUCAUGGGCAUUAAUUCAGGGUCCCUGUGUACCUAGACAAAGUUCUAUUACCUUUUGAAGAGUUUUAUUGAUUUGUUUCUUGUUAAAAUUCUAUAGUUCAUUGUUUAUCUUUUCAUCUUUUUAAUUUCCUCAUGCUUUUACCAGUAGCUCAUCUCAUUGCAAUCUGUUUCCACUUGCAGUUACAUCAAUGAAAGAAACAGAAAGAGGAAUAUUGUGGAGGCUGAAAAAGCUGCAGCUGUAAGAUUACUGUAGUUUUAUAUUUUUAUUGCUUGGAUUCUGUAAAAUAAGUUAGUGCAGUUUUUCAUAAGCUGAUGGUGAAUCAUGUACAGAUGAUGAUGAUGAUGAGUUACAGAUACUGUUAAGAAAAAAAUGUGAAUUAUCUGUUCUCUUUUUCCAAGAAGCAUCUUUUAACCUUUUAACUCCCAAGAGCUGAUUGUUGAUUCUCCCCUCCAGCUGCUAUAUAUUUUGGUGUAAAUUAGUAAAGAGAAUACUGUUGUCUCCCUGUUAAGUUUAGUGAUUCCAAUUACCUGUUUUCUGGAUGAAGUAUGAAUAUUAUAACAAGGAGUAACAUGUUUAUUACUUCUGGGACUGUUAAGGGUUAGCAGAAAACACUAAGGGUGAUUGGGGUUUAAAAUUUGUAAUCCUCCUUUCAAGUCUCUCUUGGCGUGAACACCUUUAAAACUGAUAAUAACUUUUUCACAACUAUUAAUCCACUCCAAUCAGGAAGAAAUGAAUGUGGAACAAAAAGCUGAUCCAUUCACAAGACGGAAAACCCUUCCUCAACUUGUGUCUAUGGUGAGUCAAACUCUGUAAAAAUUAUGACACAUCAAGACAACAUGAAUUGAACCUGUUGAAUGCCACGGAGCCAUACCUUAAACUGUUUUAGACCUAAAAAAUUUGCAUGAAAGGUUGCACUGUACAUCCAAACUUGAUAUACAUUCUUUCUGUAGAGCUGAUUUCACCAAGUUGUCUACCUUCUUGUGAAAAGACUUGUGAAAUGUCAAUUGUACUUUUUAAAUUCUUGGGUUUAUGCAAACCUGCUUUUAUAUUCAGGCUAAUAGAACCAUUCCAAGUUCUGUUACACAAGCACAAAAUGGAGCGAAUACUGAAGGGGCAGCUUCUUCUUCGAUGCCCCAAUCCACCAGCACUGAUGGAGUAAGUGUUGAUAUUUUUUAUUUUGCCACUUUUAUAGUGUAAUGUAGCAGCCCUUUACACUCUAACAUCAGUAUGCAUAUUCUCCAUACUGUUCUCUAUACAUUUUCCAGCUGCUGAAAAGGAGAAUUUAUUUUACAAUUAGGAGCUUCUUUGGGUGGUGAUCAUUUCCUUUAUUUAUGACCAUCAUACUGUAAUCACUCUGUCUUGUAAAUAUGCUGUUAUUUAUUGCUGUGUUCUGAAGCUUUAACUGACACUAUAUACCAUGUAGACAUACUUUACAAUUAUUGGAAGAAUUUUGGUAAGAUUGUUUCCUAAUGAUUUGCUUCAUCUUUGUUGCAGGCUUCAUCAUCAAGCCAACCAACUGAAACAGCUGAUGUAAGUUCAACUCGUCCUUUACAAUUGUGCAAUAGAAAAACUAUGUGCAUAUCUUGAAUAAAAAAAUGUGAAUGGUGAAUUAAUAAGAGUGGAUUUGAGUUAGUUAGUAUGAGGAUACAAUGGACCAUCUCCUCAGUAGUCAGCUCGUUUUACAGAGGGAAGUGACCACAAGAGGUUGCCAUGAGUAAAAAGGUUGCAUGGGGAUGAAAGCACACCCAUUUUUCAAGGGUAAAACAUUUUUAUUUGCCAAAGAUGGUAAUUAUAGACUGUAAAUAUGACAGAUCCCUAAAAAAAAAAAAAUUAAGCAUUUAGGAUGCACUUUUAUUAGAAGCUGUGGAGAUGUUGCCUUUGUCAAGGUAUUCAAAUAAGAGAGAAUACAUAGAACAUUUGCCUGGACGACAAAGUUGUUUGUCGAGGCUCAUUGGUUGAGAUACAAUUGACACUAUCAUUUCUCUGUCAUUUUAAUGCAUGUUUUGUUUGAUUUCUAGGUGUCAGAUAUAGAAAGACUUUCACAAAUGCCAUUGGCUGGAGCAGCACCUCAUCCUCCAGAAAGGAAACCUCAGUCAGAGGAUCUGUUUUCGGCACACAACUUCGACAUCACAAUCAAUCUCGACAUUCCUGCCCCUGGAACAGGUGACACACUUUUUUUUAUGACUAUCUACAGUGGAUAUAACAAUUGCUAUAAAAGUGCUUUGAAGUACAGACAUUUUUGGAAAUAUCCAGAGUCAAGUUUAAGUGAUACAUUGGACAAGUAUACACUCAAAGAUAUGUGCUGAGCUAGAUAAAAAUAGAACAGGAAAAUUAUUUGUUCAGGAUUGAAGAAAAACAAGACUCCUCUGUGUUUAUUAUGCUUCUGAAAGAUGUGUAUUUGUCCAAGCUUGGCUGGGUAAUGGCCAAGUUUGUUAUGUAAAGCUUACUUUAUCUGUGACAGAUAGAUGGCAAUUCAGGAAACACGUUUUUGUUCACCUGAAGAAGCCAACCAAAUACCAAAAAAUAUGUUGCAUGAUUACUCAGUCAAUAACCCAUGUAUGGUCAUCAAACUUUGAAACUGUUGAUAAAUUUGAUUAGAGAAAUGAUGGACAAAUAUGGAAGGGACUAUUCCCUUAUCCUCUGCUAGGAUGUCUUGUUUGAGAUCAAGGAAAUGAUUUUUUUUUUGUAGACAAUUGCUAAAAACUAGGAAGACAGGUUCAACUUUGGAUAAUCAAAGACUUAAACAAAGCCUUCUUUCAACAGAGUCUCGUCCAGUGGUAGUAACUCCAAGACCUGCCAACACCGAAAGGGAUGGAGCACCUAGGAGAUCACUAAACCUUGAAGACUACAAGAAGCUUAAGAGGACUGAUAUGAACUUUGAGGAUGACUGGCUGAACUAG